AUGAACACCAAGGAGUCCCUCCAGGGAGGAGUAUACGCUACCACUGGAGGCACAGAUAUCAUGAUGGCCAAUCGCACUUCCUACGAGUUUGACUUUCAAGGACCCAGACACUCUCUCGGUCUUCCCGCAUCUGUACUCUCAAUAUGUGGUGUCGAAGACAUCGGAUACGUGGCAGAGAAUCCGUCAGCACUUCGCAGCAUUAAACUCCAGGGCCUCCACUUCGUGAGAGAAAGGGAGUUCCUCGAAAAUGUAGAGGCUUCACUGUUUAUCUCGACACCAAGCGGCCGGAUCUCUACCAGCGAUGGUUUCGAAGAUCUCUUGUCAGGUGAGCUGUCGCCAUGGAAGAACAAUGGGCAUAUUGUUGUGGGCUUGAGAUCUGAUCUUCACCUCGACGACCCCAAGAAUCCUACCAAUUGGCGCCGUGAUCGGCGAAUGGGCGCAUAUCACAACCUUCCAACUGGAGCUGUAUCUCAAAGGCAAGGCGAGGGUAGUCUACUCAAGAUCUUCCUCCAGGGCGUCAGUGAGGGAGAGGCCAUUGCAACACUAGCAAAAGAAGAGUCUAUUGACUUUGUAUCCAUGGAGAUCGGGAAAAAGGUCAACGAGUUUCUUCUCAGGCCAGAUGCACCUGUUGAUCCUAACCUCAAACUAUCCGAGAUGGGGAUUGACUCACUUACCGCGAUUGAACUGCGGCGCUGGUUUGGUCAAGUAUUUAGAUUACAGGAUAUCUUUAGCUGA